AGAGGAAACCCUAAACCCUUCUUCUUCUUUUACAAACCGUCUACCCUCCCGUUGGGCAGCUCGGUGUCGCCGACGCCUCUCUCCCGUUCGCCGUCUUUCUUUCGCUCGUGCGCCACAGUCUCCCUCCUAGCGCGUUUAAUCUGCACUGAUUUUCUACUUUCUUUACUGGAAAUUUAGGCUUGCUAUUUGUUCAAGAAAAGAAUGAGGUUAGAGAAGUGUUGGUUCUGUUCCUCCACUGUAUAUCCAGGACAUGGUAUUCAGUUUGUUCGCAAUGAUGCGAAGAUUUUUAGAUUUUGUCGGUCUAAAUGCCACAAGAACUUCAAGAUGAAGAGAAAUCCCCGUAAAGUUAAAUGGACUAAGGCAUACAGGAGGUUGCAUGGAAAGGAUAUGACACAGGAUUCAACUUUUGAGUUUGAGAGGAAGCGCAAUAGGCCGGAGAGAUACGACAGGAAUCUCACAGAAGAGACAUUGAGGGCUAUUAAGAAGAUCGACAAAGUCAGAGCCGAAAGGGAGGCAAGGCACAUUGCACGCAGGAUGAAAGGAAAGAAAGGAAAGGAGCUCAAAGAGGCAAGGAAGGAAUUGGAGCAGAGCAUCAGUAUGGUCAAACCACCUGCUCUUCUCAAGGAGGAUCCUUCCCUCACUCUUCCAAAAAUCCAAGUCAAGGUGGCACAAUCACAAGCAGAGAAAAAUCAGCCUAUGGAAGAAUGAGUUUGUUUCUCUCUUAUGUCACUAUAUCAAAUAUUUUUGUCAUAAUUAUUUUUUCUCAUAGCUUUAACUGCCACAAUUCUUGUGCACGACAAUGCGCGGUAGUUCAUCCUUGUCUGUCCUACACGAGCAUGGCUGUUAUGUUGACGUUCUUUUGAGAGUGUUUUUCUUUAAAUACAGAUACUUAUGAAAGAUUUUCUUGAAUCA